CCUCAGUGCUCGGUGAUGUUGGAUAUGGGAGAGCGCAAAGAGGUGAAAAUGAUUCCUAAAUCGUCGUUCAGUAUAAACAGUUUGGUGCCUGAGGCCGUUCAGAACGACCACCAGAACCACCACAGCCAGAACCAGAACCAGAACCAGCAUCACCACCAGCACCAGAGCCACGAAGCCGAGCAGAAGGCUCCUCCGCCGGCCGCGCACCAGGACGCCAAACCGGAUCCUAAAAGUGACUCCACGAGCCAGGACAGCUGCCCGGAGGACAAGGAGAAGCAGGAGGAGAAGAAGGACGGGAAGGACGGGGACGGGUCCGCGGGGAAGGACGGAGAGAAGAAAAGCGGCAAGUAUGAAAAACCUCCUUUUAGUUACAACGCGCUGAUCAUGAUGGCGAUCCGGCAGAGUCCCGAGAAGCGGCUCACCCUCAACGGCAUCUACGAGUUCAUCAUGAAGAACUUCCCGUACUACCGGGAGAACAAGCAGGGCUGGCAGAACUCCAUCCGGCACAACCUGAGCCUCAAUAAGUGCUUCGUGAAGGUUCCUCGGCACUACGACGACCCGGGGAAAGGGAACUACUGGAUGCUGGACCCGAGCAGCGAUGACGUCUUCAUCGGCGGGACGACCGGGAAGCUGCGGCGGAGGUCCACCACGUCCCGGGCCAAGCUGGCCUUUAAGCGGGGGGCCAGGCUCACUUCCGGGCUGACCUUCAUGGACCGAGCCGGCUCCCUGUACUGGCCCAUGUCCCCCUUCCUGUCCCUGCACCACCCGCGCGCCGGCAGCGCUCUGGGCUACAACGGGACUUCCUCCGGUUACCCGGCUCACCCCAUGUCUUACAGCACCAUGCUCACGCAGAACAUGGGCAGCAACCACACGUCGUUCCCGUCCUCUAACGGGCUCAGCAUGGACCGGCUCGUGGGCUCGGACCUGCCGUACGCGACCCAUCACCUGACGGCUGCGGCCCUGGCGGCCUCCGCGGUGCCCUGCGGCCUCUCCGUGCCUUGCUCAGGGGCAACUUACUCCCUGAACCCGUGCUCGGUCAACCUGCUGGCCGGACAGACCAGUUACUUUUUCCCGCACGUGCCGCACCCGUCCAUGAGCACGCAGAGCGGCACCGGCUCCUCCUUGCAGGCUGCCCGGGCUUCGGCCUCUAAUUCCCCGCAGGCUCCGUCCUCCUCCUCCCUGCCUUGUGACUCUCUGAGGCCGGCUCUCUCCGGCUCUCUGCCGGCCUUCUCCUCGGGACUUUCCGGGGGUUUAUCUGACUAUUUUACGCAUCAGAACCAGGGCUCGACCUCCAACCCGCUUAUACACUAA